AUGUCUAGAGUAGUAUCAAAGUCAUUUGAGUCAUUCAUCAAUCUAUUCGAAACAAAUAAUACACCAUCUUCUUCAUCAUCAUCGUCAUCAUCAACAUCUACAACAACAACACAAUCAAAUACACUGAAACGAAAGAGUAGUUCAAUAAAUAGUAUAGAUAGUAGUAAUAACAACAAUAACAACAAUAACAAUAACAACAAUAGUACAAUCAUCAACAGUGUCACUGAUAACAACAACAACAACACAAACACUGAGCAUCCAUCAAAGAGGAAGCGUAACAAGUAUUACUAUCAACCAGUCCAAAGAACAUUCUUCUCUAAUCCAAUAGAGUACAUAACACAGACUAAACAUACUCUUCGCAACUACCUGAGUAAGAGUCUGUUGUCUAUUCCAUCAGUCUUCUCAUCACAGUCAUCAACUUCAUCAUCAUCACCAUCAUCACAGUCAACCUCCAACAACAACAACAGCAAUAACAACAAUCAAAUAGGAUAUCACUCAAUAUCAUCAAGUGAUAGCAAUAACACAACAACAGCAACAUUUAACGUUGGAACCAACAACAGACGUCAAGUAGCAACAAACAACUACAAGUACAAGAAACAAGACAAUCCAUUUAAGAAGUUCCAAUACACAUCAACAACACAUACGACACAGUUGCCUCAGCAUCAUCAACAACAACAUCAAUAUCAGCAGCAACAACAGCAGUAUCAGUUUGAGCAACAACAACAACAGAAUAGUCUUUAUCAAAGUGCACUUGAGCGCAUGAACAACGACGCCAGCUCGGCCAAUCAAUACCUUCUAUCAAGCAACAACAGUAAUAUGGAGCGUUCAGAUGCUGACAUUUGUCGUGAUGACGAUGAUGAUCAGAUGUCAUCAUUCCCAUCGUCUGCAGAAGAUCCACAGACACAACACAUAAUCAAUCAAUCAGAUGAUGCAAGCAGUGGUGAUGCAUCACCAUCAAUCUCACCUUCAACUUCAACAACAACGACUACAACUACUGCAUCAAACAACAACAAUAACAACAACAAUAUUACUCAAUCCACAUACAGACCAAAGUCAAAGCUUUCCUUUAUGGACUCACUGAGACACAACCAAGAGAUAAGAGAGACAAGAGAGGACAUACAACAACUUAUACAACAGACCCAAGAUGGUCUCUCGAUCGAUGUUGUUGAUCAACAACAACAGCACCAACAGCAAUCAUUGACAAUGGGCAUGGAUCAUCCAGUUGACACAAGACCAUUAAGCAUGAUGGCAACACAUUCACCUGUUCAUCAUCAAUCGAUGACAACGACACGUCAUGGUCUGUCCACAUCAAUAUCUCGACCAUCAUCCAGUCUGAUGUCACCGCCAAAGACAACAACAACAAACACAUACACGACAAUGCCAAUGCUACCAAAUCACUCUCUCAUGUCAUCAACAUAUGUUGAGCAAACUGGUGGCCCUCGCACAAGAGAGGAUGAAUCACAUCAAAAGUCAAUAUUACACAUUGAUGACCUUGACUCCUCUUCCUCAUUGCCCUACAAGCCAUCAUCAUCAUCAUCACUCUCACUCUAUAACAAUGAUCAAGGUACACUGAGCACCACCAACAACAACAGUCUCUCAGCAUCUACAAAGGCCAGAAGUCUCAUAUCAAGUCUCCGACCCAAGUACGUCGAUUCAUUCGUCGAGACCAACGCCAAUGAGAAUGAUAACUUCCAUGAUCGGCUCAGUGCAUCGAGACAGGAGUCCCGCUCAGAGGACAUCAGCUCCCUGCUGGCUAAACUGCAGUCCAUCUCCCAGACACACAGCUGGAGCUUGAUCAAACAGUUGGAGAGCAGGAUAAAGGAGCAAAAGGCAAAGAAGCCAGUGCUGCGCAAGGUCACCGAGGAGGAGGACGAGUUCAUUCGCACCAUGCUCUCAAGGGGCGCAGACCGCGAACUACUAUCCGAGUUGAACUCGGUGCCACUCACCAGAUACGACCUGCGAAAGCUGGCGCCGGGCCAGUGGCUCAACGACGAGAUCAUCAACUUCUACAUGGAGGUGCUCAAGAAGCGACAGGAGGGCGCCCUCCCCAACCAAUACCUCAAGUGUCACUUCUUCAACUCGUUCUUCUAUCAAAUGCUGUGCAACAACAAUGGCACAUACUCUUAUCAGCGCGUCAAGAAGUGGACCAACAAGUUUGACAUCUUUGCCCUGGACAAGGUAGUGAUCCCCGUGCAUCUUGGCAAUCAUUGGUGUUGUGCAGUCAUCAACUUUAUCGACAAACGAUUCGAAUACUAUGACUCUUUGUCUGGUGACAAUCCAGCAUGUUUGAAGAAACUGAGACAGUAUAUCGAGGAUGAGAUGAAGGAUAAGUCAAAGUUGGGCGCAGUUAAGUUGUCAGAGUUCAAGGAUUACACGCCAAAGGAUACACCCGUGCAGAACAAUGGCUAUGAUUGUGGAGUGUUUAUGUGCAAGUUUGCCGAUUUUGUGUCCAGAGGUGUGCCACUAGACUUUACUCAAAAGGACAUCACGUUGGCAAGGAGAUUGAUGAUACUGGAGUGUUAUAAUAAAACACUGAUCAGCUGA